CAGCUCCACACAAUCCUACAGCCCAGCCAAACAAAAUGACGACCCGCAAACGGAACGAAUUCCUGGACAUCGUCGCCAGCGACGACUCCGACGCCAACGACCACGGCUACGACUCCGAAGCCGCAGAAGCAGAGAAGAGCAAAGGCCGGGCCGUGAAGCGGCGCCGCACGCAACCCGAACCACAAUCCCAAACCGAUCUGCACGGGCUCAACUCUGACUCUGACGAUGGGGGCGCCUCAGACGAAAGCGAAGACGAACGUGUAUUUAAGGGCAGAGGCAAGGCCAAGGCCAAGGCAAAGAAAACCGCCGCGGACGACGACACCAACGACUCCGAAGACGAAGCCACCAACCAUCCCGACGAAGACGACAACUACCUCGACGCCACCCCCGCAGCACCCCCAAAACAAUCAACACGAGCAAACCGCCCAAGAAGAACAAAACAGCCAUUUGCCUUGAAGGCUCUUUUGGAGAAACGGUCAUUCGGACCUAUUACGAGGGUGUUUCUUUCGCCGGAGGUGCGGUCUGCGUCGGCGCCUCGGAAACGGUUGAAUAAGCGGAAGACAUACUCGGAUGGGUGGGUGGAGUUUGCGUCGAAGAAGACGGCUAAGGUGUGUGCGGAGACGUUGAAUGCGAAUAUUAUUGGUGGGAGGAAGGGCGGGUGGUAUCAUGAUGAUGUGUGGAAUAUGAAGUAUUUGAGGGGGUUUAAGUGGGCGGAUCUUACGGAGCAGAUUCAGAGGGAGAGGUCGGAGAGAGAGGCCAGACAGAGAGUCGAGGAUUCGAAGGCCAGGAAGGAGGAUAAGGUGUUUUUGGAGGGGUAUGAGAGGGGCAAGGUUAUUGAGGGGAUUCAGAAGAAGAAUGCGGAGAAGGGGAAGAAGAGUGGGAAGGAGGAGCAGAAGGUUCGUAUGGUGUUUAAGCAGAGUGAGGUUAAGCAGGGGAGGGAUAAGAUUGCGGAUCCGGGGCAAAUGGGAGAUGAGACGAAGAGGGUGUUGGGGAAGAUCUUUUGAUGUGUCUGACUGUGUGGAUCACUAUAUUUGGCUUGUUGAGAUAUCCCAAUAUUGUUUGUGAGUUACUGCUGGAGAUGUAAUUUUAGAUUGGUAGGUGGCUAUCUGGAUCUUGCUCAGUCGGGAUUGGAGACUGUCUAUAGAUCUAGUUUUGUAUAGCUUUAUAUCACGUGAUACAACGACAUUUGGGCCUA